GGAUGAAAGAGGAGACAUAGGGAAGAAGCAACUUUAAUAACACUGCAUCAUCAUCACCAUCAUCAUUAUCAUCAUGCUGUGUCCUUUUUUCAGAAACACACACACACACCUUCACUCUCCAAAUCUUAGAAUUCUACGCUUUCCAUUUCCCACCUCUCUCUUUCCUUCUCUCUCUCUCUCUCUCCUCAUGAUUUGAAUACAUAACUUGGUUUCUGUAUUAUUACUAUUGCACACUAUCAUACAUAUUGGUCAACUCUUUUGUUGGUUGCUGCUCCACCUAAAGCUUUUACUACAACGUUCCCUCUCCCUAUAAAUACACUAUCCCUCAUCACAUAUUCCUAACAUCUUUCUCACACAGAAACCCUAUUUUCAAACUGCAGAAGGAAGAAACCUCGGUAGCCAAUGUGCAAUAUUACGACAAAGAUCUCUUAGUGUAGAUUACGACCAAGAUUCUAAACCUCAACAUGUCGGAUUCUUAUGCUAGUACCUUUCACUCUCCCACUCCAAACGUCACCCAUGCAACCCCCAAAAUCACCACAUUGUGCUCAAUAGCUCAACCUUAUUGUAUUUGCACUCACUGUAACCACAUCCUCUCCUUCAACCACCGUGUUGGUAAUGCAGCAGAGGAAGGGACAAAUAACACAGGGUCCCAUGUUCAGUCCCAGCAAAGCACAAGGUGGAGUCCAACACCAGUUCAGUUACUGGUCCUUGAGGAAUUGUAUAGGCAAGGCACUAAAACACCAUCAGCUGAACAGAUUCAGCAAAUAGCUUCACAGUUGCGGCAGUUUGGGAAGAUUGAAGGGAAGAACGUGUUCUACUGGUUCCAGAAUCACAAGGCGAGAGAGAGACAGAAGAGGCGCCGCAGGGAGAUGGAGGAAAAUAAUGCUGCUUCUUCUAGCGAAGGGUUGAAAGAGACAGGUUGUGGAGUUAAAGAGACAAAGAAGUGGGCAUCCACUUCAAACUGCAGUCUACAUGCAGAGGAAUCUGCCGCACUGGAUAUAGCAGAAAAAGGCUCUAAUGGGUGGACUCAGUUUGAGGAGAGAGGCAUACAAGUUUUGAGGAGAAACAUAUCAGAAAGAAGGUAG